CACUGUGUCGGAGGGAGGAAGCUCUCUUGAGCGACUUCCAAUCCAAUCCUCUGCAAUGCGAUCCUUCCCCUUGUAAGCAUGCGAUUCUUCCAGCAGAUUUCUUCACUUCGUCGAAAGUCUCUUCCCUCUGUUUCUUCUUCGAGUUAUGGCUACAGUUUGCGAGCUCAGAUUUGGACUUUUGGAAUCUGAUUCUGAUCUCUUUUAGCUGCUGCAAUCAAACAAUGUUGUGUAUUCUUUCCGUUUGAGACAGUUUCAGGCAGUUAAUUUCAUCAUUAUUUGAUGUGUUUGGUGAUCAGUACCUGUCUGGGCAAUGCAGGAUAGUCAAUUCUGAGCUUGAUAAGAAUGAUGAGUGUUUGUAGUUAAGUUGGUUUCGAUGCUAUUAAUCUGAUGCUCUGUUCGUGCCCGAGUUUUUGUUAUGAUGCUCGUGAAUUCUAUCAGGAAAUUAUCGCUUCUGAAUCUGAACCCGCUUUUCAACUGCGCAACAAGCAUCCCAUCUCCUCCGUCGCUUGGACAUGCCAUGGAUGAGAAGAUGGCACUACCAUUUUGUCUAAAGUGGAGCUUAUCACCGCCAUUUCUUGAUGCUGUUGCAUAUUCUUCCAUGAGAUUUUCUCAUUCAAGAGCAUUGCAAGUUGGGGCAUCUGCUGUAGAAACACAGCUUGGCUUAUAUUUACACGAGAACCAGACUGAGGAAGAUCAACUCAACGAAGUUCAAAUAAAUGGUGAUGAUGAUUUUAGGGAAAGGGAGAGGAGAAGAAAAAUAGGACUAGCAAACAAAGGGAAGGUACCUUGGAACGUAGGCAAGAAACAUAGUGCAGAAACUCGGGAGAAAAUCAGGCAGAGAACAAUAGAAGCACUGAGGAAUCCAAAGGUCAGGAAGAAGAUGGGCGAACAUCCUCGUCCUCAUAGUGAUCAGAUUAAGGCAAAGAUCAGAUCCUCACUUAGACGAAUUUGGGGAGAGCGUUUGAAAGAGAAGAGAUUGAAGGAGAACUUCUACUUAUCAUGGUGGAAUAACAUUGCAAAGACAGCAAAGCAAGGAUUGGGUGACCAAGAAGAGCUGGAAUGGGACAGUUUUGAUAAAAUUAAACGUGAAUUAGCUCUCCAGCAACUCAAGAGGAUGGCCGAGAAGGAAGCCGCCAAGAUAAUAGCAAUGGUGAAAGCACAUAGAGCAGCUGAGGCAAAAGCAGAGAGGCUGGCAAGGCUUGCUCGGAAGAGAAAAGAGAGGGAAGAGAAGAGAAAAGAAAGAGAGGAGAAAAAGAAAAUGAUGCCGAAAAAUCUAAAGGAAAACAAAGAUGAGCUUCAAGUUAAUCGGCUUAAACAGAGGUUGGAAAAGAUUCACAGAAAGAAAGCAGUCGCAGUUCAAAGGGAUACAACACUCUCUCAUAUGCCAUCCUGGGAGAAGAUGGAUCUGGAACACAUAAAGAAAAAGAAAGUGACAAACAGACUGUCACUUGCGGAUCAGAUUCAAGCUGCCAGGAACAAGAGAGCAGAAUCCAUUGCACAGGAACCUUUUUUAGCUUACAAUUCGUCCUUCCAGUGAGAAAUCAAAGUGUUAGGCUGGAAACAGAUCUUGUAAGGUUCUCUGAGAGCUCCGAAGAGCUGCACGCAAGGAAAACAUGACACUUUCGGAGUUAUUGUCUAUCAACUUCAAUGAUUUCUCACUAUGGUGACUGCUAGAGGGUCCUCUUGGUUGCCAUUUCAGAACCCAAUUCAGGAAGAAGCAGAACUUUCGGCAAAAUGGAGAAGAAAUAAAGGGUAUCUUUACAGGCAGGCAGUUGCUUGUCAAUUUCAGAUUCGAGAUUGCUUGUAAGUCAGGAGAAUUGCAGUUAGAGGAUGAGCUACUACGCGGCAUGUGCUACAUAUAACCUUGUUUCUUGUACUGCUCUCGACUAACCGGAAGAAGUUACUUUGAGGUAAUAGUUACUGCCUGAAUAUUAAACGGGUGCAUGCCGUGAAUUUCUUGUUUGUAACAACACGAUAUGAGUUGGUGGUCAUAGUAAUUUCCAUUCA